UAGCUGUUCACUCAACUACAAGUGCAUCAGCCACAAAGUCAACUCAACCUUCUCCAAAUUUCAGUUUGGUAACCCUUUCUAUCAAAACCCUAAUGAGAACCUUUCUCAAUCUAUCGUGUCUGAAGUGUUAGAUGGUAAUAACAAUCAAAUGUGGGCUAGAUCUAUUCACAUAGCUCUCAAAAUCAAGUACAAGCUUGGGUUCAUUGGUGGUUCUAUUCAAAUCUCAGAUCCUAGGACAGAUCCAAAUGGGUAUAGAGCAUGGGAUGCUUGCAAUAUUAUUGUUCUCUAUUGGAUAAUCAAUUCUCUUUAUAAGGAUAUCAAACGGAGUGUUCAAAAUCAUGAAGUAGCACAUAAUUUGUGGGAAGAUUUGAGAGACAGGUUUGGUCAAGCUAAUGCUGUGAAAUUGACUAACCUAGAACAUUAAUCAAGGAAACAUGACCAUAAAUCAGUAUUAUACAUUGAUGAAGAGGUUAUGGGAAGAUUAUUCAAAGUUCAUCCCAAUAGUUCCAUGUAUCUGUGCUCUAGGACAAAUUCUGCCCUGUCUAGCUGUGGAAGCCUUUAAGGCAAAACAAGAGACAGAUUACCUUGUGAGGUUUGUGAAAGGAGUAAACCUUGCAUAUGAUGUAGUCAAGACACAUCUCUUGAUGAUGAAGUCCCUUCCAACUGUUGUGGUAGCAUAUGGAGAUUUACUUCAACAUGGGCAUAAGCUCAAGUCUGAUAAAGGAAGAAACACACAGUCAGUAGCUCUUGCAUCAUAUGGAAGGCAAACAAACCAAGGCAAGGGUAACAAUGCUGGGAGACAAGUACCAAAACAAGGUAGUGCAAAAGGAGGUGACACGGGACUGUUUUGCAGAUACUGCAAAACAACAUAUCACAACUUUGCAGAUUGUUGGAAGUUGAAGAGGAAGAACAAGGAACUAAUGUUGGAGCUCGUUUUGCUAAGUAGUGAAUGAAUCAAAGGAUGGUGUUGUUGAGACACAAUCCAGCAGUGGGAUUGGGAGUGGCAGUUCUGGAGGAAGUGGCAGCAAUUCAAGCAAUAUGGUGAAUCUUCAACACACUGGUGAUGAAAUGAGUCGACUCAGGUUUCUGCUUCAGGUAGUGACCACUAGCUCUUACCUUCUCCAUCACCACCACAUUCUCCAAAUAUUUGUCAUGCAACUUUCUCAGUAGCAUAGCAGAUGCAACAAUUCCCAAAUUCAGCUGGUAAAUAUGUACUAACUUCGUAUAUUCAUUGCCAUUCAGCCUCCCUUGUUCAAACAUGAAUUUUUAGACACAGGUGCCUCAGACUACAUUGUUUGUUUUAAAAAUUUCUUUACCACUUGCAAACCAAUUCAUGGAUUGUCAGUUUUCUUACCAAACAGUAGCAAGGUGUCAGUUACUCACAUUGGAUCAGUUAAGCUUGUAACAUCCUUACACUCUUAAGCAUAAUUAUUUCAUCAUGACGUUACUGGUGCUCGGGUAAAAAUAUCGUCCCUUAUCCGAAACAUGGGGAAAUUAUGGCAAUAUAAGGGGAGCUAGUGGUUAGCUAAAUUAAGUAUGUGGGUUGGUGGUGUUAGUGAUAUGGUAGGAGAACUAGAUUGUUAGAAAUAAGAAGGUAGUUGGACUUAAGUGAGAAGUAUGGAAGUUGAGGGACUAAGUAGCAAUUGGGAUGGCACAUGUUAGAGAAAGAUUGGAGGGAGGGAGAGUUCUAGAAUAUGGGAGGGGUGCAAAAAAUUUGCCCCCUCUCACCAUUUCGUUCCUGUCUUUUCCUUUCUUCUUCUUCUUUCUUCUCCCCAAACCAUUCAUCAUUUAUUCCCUCCACCACCUUCCAUUACCAAAAAUCUGAAAGCUAGGGUGAAGACAAGGUUGGGAGACUAGGAACAUGAGUAAGGACCAUUCAAGGGUAAGAAUUAUCAUUCUCUCCUUCUUCCUCAAGUUUAAGAUAUACUAAUUCUAGAGUUAGGAAUGUUGAUGUAAGUGUAAUCAAGGAGCUAAGGCUCCGGAAAAUUAUGAUUGCUUCACAUAAUAAGUAUGUUAGUGAUCAAAGGAAAAAGGUAGAUGUUUAGAACUCAAAGUGGUGUUGUUGACAAAAACCUGGUUUUGAGUGGUUGAUGGGGUUAUGUUUAAGAGUGGAAUCAAAGAGAUAAAAUGAUUGAAUCUUAGGAAUAUCUAUAUCUAUCUAUCUAUUCUAUAAAAUAUUUUUUGGCAA